AUGAGUGCGGAGCUGAAGAGGGACUACGAGAUAGGCGCGGAGAUCGGUCGCGGCCGCUUCGGGGUGGUCCACCGCUGCACGUCCCGCGCCACCGGCGAGGCCUUCGCCGUCAAGUCCGUGGACCGGUCGCAGCUGGCCGACGACCUCGACCGCGAGCUCGCGGAGCUGGAGCCGAAGCUGGCGCAGCUCGCCGGCGCGGGCAACCCCGGCGUGGUGCAGACGCACGCGGUGUACGAGGACGAGGCGUGGACCCACACGGUGAUGGACCUGUGCACGGGCCCGGACCUGCUCGAGUGGUUGGGCCUCCGCCGCGGCGCGCCCGUGCCGGAGCCCCUGGCGGCCGCCAUCGUGGCGCAGGUCGCGCAGGCGCUUGCGCUCUGCCACCACCGCGGGGUCGCCCACCGCGACGUGAAGCCCGACAACAUCCUCAUCGCCGGGAACGACGGCAAGGACGAGGAGGAGGAUGGCGGCGAGGCCGAGGCCGAGACGGCGCCGCUGGCGCCGCGCGUGCGGCUGGCGGACUUCGGGUCGGCGGCGUGGGUGGGCGCCGGUGGGUUCGGGCGCGCGGAGGGCCUGGUGGGGACGCCCCACUACGUGGCGCCCGAGGUGGUGGGCGGCGGCGAGUACGGCGCGAAGGCGGACGUGUGGAGCGCCGGCGUGGUGAUGUACGCGCUGCUCUCCGGCGGCGCGCUCCCCUUCGGCGGCGAGAGCGCCGCGGAGGUGCUGGCGGCCGUGCUGCGGGGUAGCGUGCGGUUCCCGCCCAGGCUGUUCAGCGGGCUGUCGCCCGCGGCCAAGGACCUGAUGAGGCGCAUGAUCUGCCGCGACGAGUGGAGGAGGUUCACCGCCGAGCAGGUCCUCGCUCACCCGUGGAUCGUGAGCGGCGGAGGAGCCCGGGCAAUGGAGCGGCCAACCUGA